AUGGUUCAAGAGAACUAUGACAUCGUCAUCGUGGGCGCCGGGCCCGUCGGUCUGCUGCUGUCCCUGUGCAUGUCACGAUGGGGCUACAAGGUAAAGCACAUCGACAACCGACCGGUGCCAACCGCCACCGGUCGCGCCGACGGUAUCCAGCCGCGAUCCACCGAGAUCCUGCGCAACCUGGGACUGAAGCGCUCAAUCAUGGCGUAUGAGCCUGCGAAGGUGUACGACGUCGCCUUCUGGGACCCCAAGGCGGAUGGCUCGGGUAUCGGCCGAACCGGCAGCUGGCCCAGUUGCCCCCGCUUCAUCGACACCCGCUACCCAUUCACCACCCUGGUGCACCAGGGCAAAAUUGAGCGCGUCUUUUUGGAGGAGAUCGAGAAGGCGGGUACCACCGUCGAGCGCCCAUGGACUAUCGUUGGUUUCAACAACGAUGGCGCCAACGCGGAAUACCCCGUUGAGGUCAACCUGAAGUGCUUGGACACCAACGUCAUUGAGAACGUGCGCUCCAAGUAUUUGUUCUCUGGCGAGGGUGCCCGCAGCUUCGUUCGCGAGCAGCUCGGUAUCAAGAUCCACCACAAGGAUCCCAUCGCCUACGUCUGGGGUGUUAUGGACGGUGUUGUGCGCACCAACUUCCCCGAUAUCGAGACCAAGUGCACCAUUCACUCCGACGCCGGCUCCAUCAUGGUUAUCCCCCGUGAGGACAACAUGGUCCGCCUCUACGUUCAGAUCGCCUCCUCCACCGACCCCGACUGGAACCCCCGCAAGACCGCCACCGCCGAGGAGGUCCAGCAGACCGCGAAGAACAUUCUGAAGCCCUACUGGAUCGAGUGGGACCGGGUCGAGUGGUACUCCGUCUACCCCAUCGGACAGGGUAUCUCUGAAAAGUACACCCUUGACGAGCGGGUCUUCAUGGGUGGUGAUGCUUGCCACACCCACAGCGCUGGCCAGGGUAUGAACACUGCUUUCCACGACGCCCUCAACAUGGCCUGGAAGCUCCACGCCGUGGAGAGUGGAUUCGCCAACCGUUCCAUCCUCAGCACCUACGAGAGCGAGCGUAAGGACAUCGCCGAGACUCUGCUCAACUUCGACUCCAAGUACGCCGCCCUGUUCUCCAAGCGCCGCCCAUCCGCCGGUGAGGUUGGCUCUGCCAGCGCCACCACCGUUGGCAAUGUUGGUGAGGAGGACGAGUUCGUCAAGACUUUCAAGUCCUCUUGCGAGUUCACCAGUGGAUACGGAGUGGCCUACCAGCCCAACAUCUUCACCUGGGAUGCCAGCCACGCCGCCAAGUCUCCUCUGUUCCAGAUCCCCGGUGUUCACUUGACCCCCGGUCGUGCCUUCACCCCCACCACCGUGACCCGUCUCGCCGACUCCAACUUCGUCGAGCUGGAGCAGGAGGUCCCUGUGAACGGAUCUUUCCGCAUCUUCAUCUUCGCCGGUAACCAGGCGAAGACCAAGAAGGCCAUUACCGACCUUGCCGCCAACCUGGAGAAGGAGCGCUCGUUCCUGUCGGCCUACCGCCGCCCCGACAUCGCCGAUGUCUCGUUCUUCGAGCGCCACAACCCCCACUCCAAGCUCUUCACUCUCUCUGUGAUCUACGCUGGCUCCAAGAACACCAUCGACGUCGACUCCAUCCCUCAGGUCCUGCGCGACUACCACCACCACCUGUACGCCGACGACAUCCCCGACGUGCGUGUUCCCCAGGCCAAGUUUGCCGCUCACGAGAAGCUUGGCUUCGACGCCGAAAAGGGUGGUGUUGUCGUCACUCGUCCUGACAGCCACGUUGCUUGCACUGUGCAGCUUGUGGAGGGCAGUGGCACUGUUGAUGCUCUCAACGAGUUCUUCAACUCUUUCUCCACGAAGCCUCUGGGCCAGGACUCCCAGCAGAGCCGCCUGUGA